AUGGAUUCGCCACGUCGCUUUGAGAGUCAGGAUGACCAGACCAAGGCUGGCAGCUCAUCGCCGCCCGGUGGUGUCGGUUUCCGACCAACUAAUGGUGGUGUGAUCAAAGUACAACCUCCACGAAGAGAAGAUCUCCAACCGUCGUAUGCUCAAACACUACAAGGCGACGACGAAACUAACCAUGGCUGGUACGGUGGCAUGAUCAAUACCCUGGGUUCGUGUAUCGGUUUCUUUGGUGCAAUCCCAUGCUGUAUAGUCUGCCCCAACCCAUUUAAGCCAGUCAGUCAAGGAAACGUCGGUCUAGUCACCAAGUUCGGUCGUUUCUCUCGAGCUGUCGAUCCAGGUCUAGUCUACGUCAACCCUCUUUCCGAGCGACUUAUCCAGGUCGAUGUCAAGAUUCAGAUCGUCGAAGUACCGAGACAAGUCUGCAUGACCAAGGACAACGUUACACUCAACUUGACCUCUGUCAUUUACUACCACAUUAUCUCUCCUCACAAGGCCGCUUUCGGAAUCUCAAACAUUCGCCAGGCUCUCGUUGAGCGAACACAAACCACUCUACGACACGUUGUUGGUGCUCGUGUGCUGCAAGAUGUCAUUGAAAGGCGAGAAGAGAUUGCACAAUCCAUUGGAGAAAUCAUUGAGGACGUCGCAGCUGGAUGGGGUGUUCAGGUCGAGUCCAUGCUCAUCAAGGACAUCAUCUUCAGCAACGACCUACAAGAUUCGCUCUCCAUGGCUGCACAGUCCAAGAGAAUCGGUGAAUCCAAGGUUAUCGCUGCUCGUGCCGAAGUUGAAUCUGCCAAAUUGAUGAGACAGGCCGCUGAUAUUUUGAGCUCUGCACCUGCCAUGCAAAUCAGAUACCUGGAAGCUAUGCAGGCUAUGGCUAAGACUGCCAACAGCAAGGUCAUUUUCCUGCCUGCUAACAACCAGAGCAUUCCAGUAAAUGCUCAGACACUAGCUGAGGCAGAUACAGCAGGUCCUUCGAGCAGAAGGGGUCAGGCAUUCGAUAUGGAACCUGAUGAUGGUUUCCAGCAAGCCAUGAAUGCGCGUGUGAUUGAGAACAUCUGA